AUGCCUGAAGAAUACGAAACCUAUCAGCUGGGCGACUGGGAGCUGCAGAGUGGACAGAAGAUCGACAAUGCUCAUAUCGCAUACAAAACAUUUGGUGAUCCCAAGUCUCCAGCAAUUGUCUAUCCAAGCUGGUUCUCAGGAGCCAUCUCCGAUAAUUUCUGGUUAAUCGGCGAAGACAAGUUCCUCAACCCAAAGGAAUUCUUCAUCAUUGUCACUGCACUAUUCGGUAAUGGUCAAUCCUCCUCCCCAUCGAACCAGCCUGCCCCAGGUCCAUUCCCGAAGGUCUCUUUUUACGAUAAUGUGCGAGCGCAGCAUGAGCUCGUGACCAAACACUUCGAUAUUACGCACUUGCGCGCUGUUGUCGGUUGGUCCAUGGGUGGUGCCCAGUCAUUCCAGUGGGCCACUCAGUAUCCGGAGUUUAUGGAUAUUGUCAUUCCCUUCUGUACUUCGGCGAAGACAUCGUUGCAUAAUCAGGUCUUCCUGGAGGGCGUGAAGAGCUCGCUUAUUGCGGCGAAGAAGAUUCGUUCUGCUGGGACUGGGAAGCUUGGCGUCAGGGAGACCGCGGAGGCGUUCACCUGGACGGAUGAGGAGAAGGAUGUUGGAUUGAAGGCUAUGGGUCGGGUUUAUGCUGGGUGGGGUUUCAGCCAGGCCUUUUAUCGGCACAAGUUGCAUGAAACUGCUCUCGGAUACAAGGGUCUCGAGGAUUUCAUGGUCAACUUCUGGGAGAAGUGGGCUUGUUCCAAAGACCCGGAGAAUUUGCUGGUUAUGUUGCAAACUUGGCAAAAUGGAGAUGUCUCACAGCAGGAGCCGUAUAACGGCGAUUUCGAAAAGGCCAUGGCAUCUAUCAAAGCCAAGACGCUUGUUUUGCCGGGCAAGACUGAUCUUUAUUUCCCACCGGAGGAUUCGGAGUAUGAAGUUGCUUGUAUGAAGCCCGGUGUUGGGACACUGGAUAUUUUCCCUUCAAUCUGGGGGCGAGGUCCAGGUGAUAGCAAGGAGGAUGUUGAAUGGCUUGACAAGAAGAUGUCAAAAUUCUUCGCGGACAAUGGACCGGAUAGUAUCAGCUCUCUGACUUACAAGAUCAAGAACAUGUUAGGUUGA